CAAACCACAGGCUGGGUCUGCUCUGUGCCCAGAGCCUGAGCUACAGGGCUCAGGACACCGUGGGUCAGAUCUGCAAAGCAUUUGACAGAUGCUUCUGAUCUCCAGAGGACCCUGGGGUGGGACAGGGGCCUUGGCAAGGCUGCAGCUACUGUGGCAGCGGCUUGGGAUGGAGGUCUUUCUUGCUGGGAACUGAGGAGCUGAGAGGCUCCUGUGAGCUUGUCCUAAAUUUGGCACUUGCGGUGGCUUGGGCUUCACACACUGUCAGACUCCUUCUUGGUGGCCUCCACAGCCUCGCCUUCAGGUUUGAAGCUGGCUCCACAAGGGACACGGUGACAUGAGGGGCAGCCCACGGAUCCAUCUUCUGGCCACCUCCUUCCUCUGGCUCCUCUCUGUGGUGUGCGCCCAGCUGUGCCCGACCCCCUGUGCCUGUCCUUGGACACCACCCCAGUGCCCGCCGGGGGUACCCCUGGUGCUGGAUGGCUGUGGCUGCUGUCAAGUGUGUGCGCGGAGGCUGGGGGAGUCCUGCGACCACCUGCAUGUCUGCGACCCCAGCCAGGGCCUGGUGUGUCAGCCUGGGGCAAGCCCCGGUGGCCACGGGGCUGUGUGCCUCUUGGAAGAGGAUGACGGGAGCUGUGAGGUGAAUGGCCGCAGGUACCUGGAUGGGGAGACCUUUAAACCCAAUUGCAGGGUCUUGUGCCGCUGUGAUGGUGGUGGCUUCACCUGCCUGCCGCUGUGCAGAGAAGAUGUGCGGCUGCCCAGCUGGGACUGCCCACACCCCAGGCGAAUACAGGUGCCGGGAAGGUGCUGCCCCGAGUGGGUGUGUGACCAGAGACUGACACCGCCGGCGAUCCAGCCUUCCGUGACCCAAGGACACCAACUUUCUGCCCUUGUCACUCCGGCUUCUGCUGAUGCCCUCUGUCCAAACUGGAGCACAGCCUGGGGCCCCUGCUCAACCACCUGUGGGCUGGGCAUAGCCACCCGAGUGUCCAACCAGAACCGAUUCUGCCAACUGGAGAUCCAACGCCGCCUGUGCCUGCCCAGACCCUGCCUGGCAGCCAGGAGCCGCAGCUUACGGAACAGUGCCUUCUAGAGCCAACUGGAGAUGCGGGUACAGGGCCUGCCAUCUGCAGCAGAUGUCCCUAGGGCCAGGCCCUGGACUGAUGGUAGAAGUCCCUCUCCAUGAUCUUGGCUGCAGUUAACUUUCAUGGUUGGAGUCACUGUGCAGAACCCCUGAGUGGUCCCUGCACUGUCUGAGGUAGGUGAAGCAGGUGACCAGCUCCAUUUCUUUGAUUCAGACUGGGAUUCUGACCCAGGCUUCUGGGUUUUCCUGACUAGUUCCUUGGAACUUCCCUGUACCAAAAGGACAACCAAAAAGACCUUGAAGGCUAGGCUGUGCUGGGCCAGCCUGGCCACCUUGCUGGGAUAACGGUAGUAAUAAGGUACCAGGCAGCCGAUUGCCCAAAGCUUCCAAUUCCCUACUUGGACUUCUGAGUGCUUGUCCCCAAAGAUUAUGGGUGAACUCGCAAGUGUGCCUUCCCUGAUCUGAGAGCACCCUGCCUGGCCGGGAAGAAUUCAGGGGCAGGAUUCUCUGUGAACAUGAAGAGAUGAAAUCACUCUAUCUUAGGAACAUUCACAAAGAGAACUUGACUCCUGUAUUUGUAAGAAUGCACGUCUCUUAAGCGCUCCCAAAGCAGGAGGCACCACACUUCUGGCAGACCAGGGCCUUUCUCUUCAGCAUGAGAGAGAGAAGGGACAGCAGAGUUCCAUCCUCUGGAGGACUGGCCCAGCCUGGAAUAAACACCCAA